AUGGGUUCAAGUGGAAACGGGAAUCAGAAAGAUGACAAUAAUGAGGAAUCCAAAAGAAAAGAGUCCCAAGCUCAUGUCUCUAUUGAGCUCUCGACUUCUAAGAAGACCUUACUGGGAAAUGACAGCCUUCCCAAGAAGUCGCAACAAGACAGCUUACCUAACGUAUCUAACCGUGCUGCCUUCCUCAAGUUUGGCUCUGCAUCUGCCAGAUUCAGGCAGCUUGCUAAGGACAAGGACGAUGCCUCGCGUUUGGUAGCUUCUUCCAGCAGCCGUGGCAUUAGAGAGCGGAUUCAUGAGGUUUGUGCUAAGAAGAUCGAUUGGGCAUCUGUGUUCAAGAUGAGCAAAGAAUGGAUCCGAGACCCAAUGAACUUGGCCCUUUUCAUAUGGAUACUGAUUGUUGCCAUAUCAGGUGCGAUCUUGUUCCUUGUCAUGACUGGAAUGUUGAACCAUGCUUUGCCCAGCAAGUCUCAGAGGAAUGCAUGGUUUGAGGUAAAUAACCAGAUACUCAAUGCAUUGUUCACCCUCAUGUGCUUGUACCAACAUCCAAAGCGAUUUUACCAUCUGGCCCUGCUUAUUAGAUGGAGACCUGACGAUAUUACUAAGCUUAGGAAGAUUUACUGCAAGAAUGGGGCUUACAAGCCACACGAAUGGGCACAUAUGAUGGUCGUGGUGCUUCUGCUGCAUUUAAACUGUUUUGCACAGUAUGCACUAUGUGGUCUCAACUUAGGGUACAGGAGGUCUCAACGACCUCCAUUAGGAGUUGGAUUAUGCAUAUCUGUAGCAAUAGCUGCCCCAGCUGCUGCUGGUGUGUACUCAAUCCUCAGUCCCUUAGGAAAGGACUAUGAUUCGGAUAUGGAUGAGGAAGCGCAGGAGGGGAGUACUUCCAUUAAUGGGGCUCAGUUGUUGUCCAGGAAAUUAGAAAAGAGAUACUCAUUUGCAACAGGGGAUAUUACUGAAAUGAUGUUCGAGAGCCGGCCACAAUGGAGUGGUGGGAUACUCGAUUUCUGGGACGAUAUCUCUCUAGCAUACCUUUCGCUCUUCUGCAGCUUCUGUGUCUUUGGUUGGAACAUGGAGAGGCUUGGCUUCGGUAACAGAUAUGUCCAUAUAGCGACAUUUCUCCUCUUCUGCAUGGCUCCGUUCUGGAUCUUCAACUUGGCUGCUGUCAACAUUGACAAUGAGAUUGUGAGAGAAGCAUUGGGAGUCACUGGACUCAUCCUUUGUCUGUUUGGCCUUCUCUAUGGUGGGUUCUGGAGGAUUCAGAUGAGGAAGAGGUUCAAUUUACCGGCAUAUACCUUUUGUUUCGGUAAACCGGGUGCCUCUGACUGCACACUGUGGCUGUGCUGCUGCUGGUGUUCGCUAGCUCAGGAGGUUCGAACUGGGAAUGCUUACGAUGUCGUCGAGAACAGGCUACUGCAGAAACAUACCAAUGGCAGUGGUAAGCAGCCAGGGUCGUCUCCAGCACGUGGCGUCUCUAGCCCGUGGCAUGGUGCAAUGCCUGAUUCCUCCAGUCCUGUGAAAGAGGCUCCAGGAGCCAAGGAUCAUGCCAUGGCUGCGCCAACUCCCUCAACGAUAGAAAGAGAUGGCAUUUCUGUGGAGAAUAGUGUGGAUUCAGGCUUACCAUCUGCAACUGUGAACAAAGAGUUGAGUGUGUGA